GGGAGCCCAAACCCGCCGCGGGCCAUGAGCCUCCGGGCCCCGGGAGCCCGGCCGCGGUCCGGGCAGCGCUCCGCCGGCGCCCGGGUCCGCCCGGCUUCAGCUGCGCGCCUGUAGCCACAGAGGGCUGCAAUGGGAAGGGAACCAUGAAUGGUGCCGCCCCCGGCCCCUCCGCUGCUGCUGCCCGGGUCCCGGACUGGCGGCAGUUUUGCGAGCUGCAUGCACAGGCGGCUGCGGUGGACUUCGCCCACAAAUUCUGCCGCUUCCUGCGGGACAACCCGGCCCACGACACACCGGACGCCGGGGCCUCAUUCUCCCGCCACUUCGUUGCCAACUUCCUGGACAUCUUCAGUGAGGAGGUGCACCGCGUACUGAUGGCGGGGGCCACGGAGCACCCCGACACCAUGGAGCCCGAGCCAGCGGCACUCAAGGCGGCACCGUGUGGCCACUCGCGGAGCUCCGAGGACGUGUCAGUGCACGCGGGUGCUAAGGCCCGGGUUCGCAAGGGCUUCUCACUGCGCAACAUGAGCCUGUGCGUGGUGGACGGUGUGCGCGACAUGUGGCAUCGGCGUGCCUCUCCUGAGCCUGAUGUCACCCCACGAGCCGCCGAGUCCCCGGCCGAGCCGCGCGACAAAUGGACACGGCGCCUCUGGCUGUCGCGGACACUGGCGGCCAAGGUGGAGCUAGUGGACAUCCAGCGUGAGGGCGCGCUGCGCUUCAUGGUGGCCGAUGAUGCUGCCGCGGGCCCAGGUGGCACCGCUCAGUGGCAAAAGUGCCGCCUGCUCCUGCGCCGAGCCGUAGCGGGUGAGCGCUUCCGCCUCGAGUUCUUCGUGCCACCCAAGGCUUCCAGGCCCAAGGUCAGCAUCCCUCUCUCAGCCAUCAUUGAGGUCCGCACCACCAUGCCCCUGGAGAUGCCGGAGAAGGACAACACGUUUGUGCUCAAGGUGGAGAAUGGAGCAGAGUACAUCCUGGAGACCAUUGACUCACUGCAGAAGCACUCAUGGGUGGCUGACAUCCAGGGCUGUGUGGACCUGGGGGACAGCGAGGAAGACACUGAGCACUCCUGUGCUCAGGGAGGCUGUCUGGCCAGCCGAGUGGCCUCUUGUAGCUGUGAGCUCCUCACGGAGGUGGACCUGCCCCGGCCCCCAGAGACAACAGCAGCUGUGGUGACAGCCCCACAUAGCCGGGCUAGAGAUGCCAUCAGUGAGUCCCUGGUCCAUGUCCCACUGGAGACCUUCCUAGAGACCCUGGAAUCCUCGGGUGGCAGUGGCAGUGACAGCAAUAACACAGGGGAGGAGGGAGCAGAGCUUGAGCCUGAGGGAGUACCAGAGCUGGAGCUCUCUGACUACCCCUGGUUCCACGGGACACUGUCACGGGUCAAGGCAGCUCAGCUGGUGCUGGUGGGCGGGCCCCGGAACCAUGGCCUCUUCGUGAUCCGCCAGAGUGAGACUCGGCCUGGGGAGUAUGUACUGACUUUCAACUUCCAGGGCAAGGCCAAGCACCUUCGCUUGUCCCUGAACGGCCACGGGCAGUGCCACGUACAGCACCUCUGGUUCCAGUCUGUACUUGAUAUGCUGCGCCACUUCCACACCCACCCCAUCCCAUUGGAGUCAGGGGGCUCUGCAGACAUCACCCUCCGCAGCUAUGUGCGGUCCCAGGGCCCCCCACCUGACCCGGGGCCCUCGCCCAGCGCCGUACCCCCGCCCCCCGCCUGCUGGAACGAGCCUGCGGGCCAGCACUACUUCUCCAGCCUCGCCGCCGCUUCUUGCCCUCCCGCCUCGCCCUCAGAAGCCGGCGGCGCCUCGUCUUCAUCCACCUCGUCGUCCUCGGCCGCGUCCCUGCCCACCGCCCAGCGCGCCGUCGCGGAGAGCCUGCUGAGCGCUCGCAGCCGCAGCGACAGUGCGGAGCGGCUGCUGGAGGUGGCCAACGUCGCGGAUGAGACUCCCGAGGCAGCGCCUGGAGAAGGAUCACGUGGCCGCACGCGUGCGGUCGAGAACCAGUACUCUUUCUACUAGCCCGGCGCAGGUGGUGCCAAGGCCCUGGGGCCACCAGGACCUGCUGUGUGACUGCCCACGUGUCCCUUGGUCCAGCAGAUCCUGCCGGCCCUAGCUCGGCGCUGGGUGGGAAAAGCGAAGCUCUUCAGUGAAGACAUAAAUGUUAUUAAAGAGCCUGUUUUAGGGACUGCA